AUGGCUGUCGCCGACGACAUGCCGACCACCGCUCUACGCGGUUCUGACCGCGAAGACUUACCGCUCGCGGAUUACAUCUUGCGCAAAACGCAGUUCCUCUACGCUCUCGUCCUGCUCACUGCCUUUAUAUCCUGUGCCGCAUGGUACAGCGUCGUCAACGCCAAGAAGCAGGAAGAUCUCGUCCAGCCCACCGUCAAAGGGCCCGGAGGCAAGCCAUUGCCCAUCACCAAGAAGAAGCGCUCCCGCGAUGGUGCACGUAAGAUUGGCCCCGGCUUCGGCCGCACUGCGAAGAACGUCUUCCGCUCCCUCGCUGCCAUUGUGUUCCUGUGCUAUGUUGGAAGCGCCUCUUUCAUGUUUUACCAUGCUUUCUGGUAUGAAGACCCUUACCGCUGGUCAAAGGAGGGGCUGCCGUGGGCUGGUGAAUGGAGCGUGGUCCACAUUGUUGGCGCACUCUUCUUCCACCUCUAUAUCCUCAUCUCGCUCUUCGAUUGGCGCAAAGGGCCCAAUAUCGUCCACUUCAUUGUCUGGAUUCUCGCCUUCAUCGGCGAGGUCAUCCUUUUCUCCACGACCGCAGUUGCAGCCGCCGAUUGCCACUUCUUCCGAUCAGUUCGAAAUAAGGAUUCGGAAAAGGAUGGGAACUGCGUCGACUACUGGACCAAGAUUGACCUCGUCUUCUACUUUCUUCGAAUCCUACACCUUCUGGCACUCAUCGGGGUAUUCAGCCUGGCCUGGAUUCGAAAGGUCCGCAGCGAGGACAAGAAGGCAGAAGAAGGACGUUCUGCCGAGUCAACCCCGCUGCUUAAUGGGCACCGCAGGUCGUACGACACCACAAAUGGCCAACCGGCUAAUGGCCAGCUGGCUAAUGGCCGUCGCUCACGUGGUAGGACCAUCUCGAACGCCCACAGAUCGACCGGUUACUCUAGAAAGGACGAAUCGACCGCCUUCUAUCGACCCGAGAAGCUCCCUCACAAGACCUGGUGGGAGUAUCUUAAGGGGUACUCCCUCUUCUUCCCCUAUCUCUGGCCCAAGGAUUCAGCCAAGCUUCAGGUCAACGUUCUCAUCUGCUUCGUCCUGGUCAUGCUACAACGCUUGGUCAACGUGGCAGUGCCAAUGCAAGUGAAGCAAGUGGUCAAUUCUCUUGAGGCGGUAAUCAAGUUGGUCGCAGACGGCGAACGACUUACCAUGGAUAACUUCCCACUCAAGGACUUUGUAAUCCUCGGGCUUCUGUGGAUCCUACAAGGCCAGUCUGGACUCUUGGGGUCGGCGCGAUCCAUUCUUUGGAUCCCCGUUUCGCAAUACUCCUACCGAGGACUGACGACAGCGGCCUUUAACCACGUUCACUCUCUCAGUCUCGAUUUUCACCUUUCCAAGCGUACUGGAGAGGUGCUGUCUGCGCUUAACAAGGGCGCUUCGAUCAACCAGUUUCUGGAGCAGGUGACAUUCCAGGUGUUCCCGAUGCUCGUCGACCUUUUCCUCGCCAUCUCCGUGUUCUACAUCUGGUACGGGCCAUUGUACGCUGAGAUCAACCUAGUUGAUACCUGUUGGUAUCUCUACAUGACCAUCAAGAUGGCCUCGACCCGAGCGGACCAGCGUCGCGAAAUGACGAAUGCUGACCGUGAGGAGGAAGCAGUGAAGAAUGACUCAAUCUCUAGCUACGAAACGGUCAAAUACUUCAACGCCGAAGACUUCGAGUCCAGACGAUACCAGGACAAGGUUGGCGUGUUCCAGAGAGCCGAAGCCAAGGUGCAGAUGGGGAUGAUGAUGAUGAACAUCUGCCAAACCGUGGUCUUCAACUUGGGUAGGAUCAUUGUUGCAUUGGUCUGCGGCUGGCAGGUUGCGAUGGGUCUCCGUACGACGGGUGACUGGUUCAUGGUCGUCUCAUACCUGGCUCAGCUUCAAGGACCCCUCAACUUCUUCGGCACCUUCUAUCGGACGGUGCAGCAAGCAAUGAUCUCGGGUGAGAGACUUCUGGAACUUUUCAAGAUUCAACCGACUGUGGUGGACACGCCCCAUGCAGUCCCACUGGGCAAAGACUUUCAGGGACACGUUCGGUGGAACAACGUCAGCUUCUCGUACGACCGACGGAAGCCGGCGCUACGCAACAUCUCGUUCGAAUGUCUGCCGGGCACCACGACCGCCUUUGUGGGCGAGUCGGGCGGUGGCAAGUCGACCCUGUUUCGCCACAUGUUCCGCUAUUACGACUGCGACGAGGGCUCCAUUGAGCUGGACGGCAAGAACGUCAAGGAUCUGACAAUUGACUCAGUCAGAGAGAAGAUUGGCGUUGUCCCCCAGGACACGACUCUCUUCAACGAGACGUUGAUGUACAACCUCAAGUACGCCAGGCCCUCGGCUACUAAUGAAGAAGUGUAUGCCGCUUGCCGCGCCGCCAGCAUCCAUGACCGCAUCAUGUCCUUCCCCGACCAAUACGACACGCAGGUUGGCGAGCGGGGCCUCCGCCUGAGCGGCGGCGAGAAGCAGCGGGUUGCCAUCGCGCGGACCAUUCUCAAGGACCCUCGCAUCAUCAUGUUGGACGAGGCCACGUCGGCGCUGGACUCUCACACUGAGCAGGAGAUUCAGGAUAAUGUGUGGAAUAUUGGACAGGGUCGCACCUUGCUCAUCAUUGCGCACCGACUGUCGACCAUUACGCAUGCGGACCAGAUCAUCGUCCUGAACUCUGGGGCCAUUGUCGAGCGUGGCACUCAUGACGAACUUCUUCUGGCCAAGGGCCGUUAUGCUUCAAUGUGGGAGAAGCAGAUCCGAGCAGAGCGAGCUCUGAAUGUUGCCCGCGAAGCCCAGCUGAAGGCUGCGAGAGCCGUCCGUAAGGCCAAGAUGGGUCUCAAGAAGAAGCCGGAUGGAUCCAUUGACGGCUACAACGGUCUUGGAUCCCCUGGAAGCUUGUCGGGCAAUGGCUCCAAGGAUCACGGGGACGAGACACACACGUCAUCGUCUUCGUCCUCGGAUGCUGAGUCGAGCCACAGCGAGCACUCGAGAGAGCGAGAACGAAAGUGA